UUGUUCAUCAAAAGCUCUUCUUUCUUUCUUUCUUCUCUUCAUAUCAACUAGUAUACUCUAUAAAUACACACCCUCAUUUCUUAUCUUCCCACAUUGAUUCCAAAUACUUUCAUAUAUAUACAUCACUCUCUUUGGCACCGCCAUUGCUAGCAAGCAUCAAUGGAAGUCACAUUUUCUUUAGCCACUGCUGCCGGAGUUCUCACCGGACUUCUCCCGGUUAUGGUGCUGGUAACCGCCACCUUCUUCUUCGUUCUCUUCUAUUCACAAAAUCCUAAUGAGCAUGGAAAAGAUGGUGGUAGUGGUGCUGGUGUUGGUGCUGGUUUACCACCAGGUCCCGCAGCCUUACCAAUUGUUGGAAGCCUUCUGAUGAUGCUUUGGAGGAAGCCACAUUUCCGGUGGGUCCUUCGAAAAGCCGAAGGCAAAGACAUUACUUGCAUUCGCCUAGGAAAUGUCCAUGUUAUCGUUGUUAACUCACCAGAGCUUGCUAGAGAGUUUUUAAAGAAGAACGAUGCCGUCUUCGCCUCCCGGCCUAAAACAAUGGCUACCGAAUACUCCGGUAGGUGUUUCUUCUCUGUCGUCUUCACUCCAUGGUGUGAUCAAUGGAAGAAGAUGAGACGAGUGAUGGUCUCACAGGUACUCAACCAUCAACAAUUCCAAAAGAUGGCGAAAAUGCGCGUGGAAGAGGCCGAUAACCUUGUUCAGUAUAUUCAGCAUCAAAGCAAAGCCGGAGAAGAGAUUAAUCUCCGAAAAACUCUUCGAUAUUAUACUGGAACUAUCAUAAGGAGGAUGCUGUUUGGAUGUCGGCAUUUUGGAAAGGGAGCAAAAGACGGCGUGCCGGGGCCGGGAGAAGAGGAGUUGGAGCACGUAGAGGCUGCAUUCACUGUGCUCUCAUUGAUCUAUUCAUUUUGUGCAUCAGAUUUCAUACCAAGUUUGAGAAUUUUGGAUAUUGACGGUCAUGAGAAAACCAUGAAGAAAGCCAUAAAUGUGAUCAAUAAAUAUCAUGAUCCUAUUAUUGAAAAGAGAGUGCAACAAUGGAGGAGCAAUGGUGGUGUUAAUGGUGAGCCAGAGAACAUUCUUGAUGUGUUCAUCUCUCUCAAAGAUGAUGAAGGAAAGCCUCUCUUAAGGAUUGAAGAAAUUAAGGCACAAUCUGCUGAGCUCAUCUUUGUAACGGUGGACAACCCGUCAAACACAGUGGAAUGGGCGAUGGCCGAGAUGCUCAACCAGCCAGAUAUUCUCUGGAAAGCCAUCGAUGAGCUCGACCGUGUCAUCGGCCCUCACCGCCUUGUUGAAGAGUCUGACUUCCCCAACCUCCCCUACUUGAGGGCAUGUGCCCGUGAAGCUCUUCGUCUCCACCCCAUUGCACCCUUCAACGUUCCCCAUGUCUCUUCCAUUGACACCACCGUCGCCGGCUUCUUCAUCCCUAAGGGCAGCCAGGUCCUCCUAAGCCGUGUCGGACUUGGCCGGAACCCUAAAAUUUGGGAAGAUUCGAUGAGAUUCAACCCUGACCGGCACCUUAAUGAGAAGAAUGUGGAUCUAGCUGAGCCGGAGCUCCGGUUCAUAUCGUUUUCCACCGGCCGGAGAGGGUGCAUAGGGGGACAGUUGGGGACCGCAAUGACGUAUAUGUUGUUAGCUAGAGUUUUGCAUACGUUUACGUGGAGCUUGCCUGCCGGUGAAGGGCCGGUGAACCUCUCAGAGGAGGAAAGUAGUCUCUUUAUUAAUAAACCUUUGCAUGCCCUUGCUAAGCCAAGGUUGGCUUUUUUAGAGCAUUAUUAAGUAAUUACUUUUAUAAGCAUGCUGCAUGAUCACAUAUAUAUUUAUAUGAGCAUACAUAUGUUUGUAUC